UACAACAGCCUUUGCUUUAUUGGGCUUGGUUCAGCGUUGUGUCACAUUGUACUUUCUCUUUCGAUACAGGAAGAACAGCAGAACGCAUGCGCAUUACGACUUGUAGAUCCUACACUUUAACUUUCGUUUUAAUACCUAUGUAGUUUAUCAAGUGGCGCCACCUCAGCGUUCACAUCUCCUUGGUCUGUAUGUUACCAUCUCACUUAGUUCCGUCACCGCAUCCUUGGUCUGCGUGCAACUGAGAUGGACAGCGGCAUCGGCAGUAAGGAACAUCCCACCCUAGGCGCGGGGCCGAAUGGAAGGGAGGCUGCUGGAAGGGAGGCUACUGGAAGGGAGGCCACUGGAAGGGAGGCUAUUGGAAGGGAGGCUACUGGAAGGGAGGCCACUGGAAGGGAGGCUAUUGGAAUGGAGGCUAAUGGAAGGGAGGCCACUGGAAGGGAGGCUAUUGGAAUGGAGGCUAUUGGAAGGAGGGCUACUGGAUGGGGGGCCAGGAAUUGUGGCGACCUGUUGGGUGUGUCUCGCGGCGAAAGAUCACAAGAUGGGAUGAAUCCAGUAGCCAGUAGCGACGGUGGGGGGCAAAUGGCAGAAUAUCAAUUGGCAUUUCCGGAACUGUACCAGCCCCUGCAGUCUGAUUCGGGCAGUGACCAAGAUGAUUUACCGUCAUCCAAACUAUUUGACAAAGGACAAACUCGAGCAGCGUUAGCGAGACAACCUUCGCUAUCUUCCGCAUCUACCUUCUCCGGGUCAGGAACCCCAGGCAGUUCCUACUCCCGCCGGGAUGCAGAGUUACAUGCCCGGCUCCACCCAGAGGGCGCCUAUCAGCAGGAGAGUUAUAUGGGGACAGGUGUGAUGGGUGGUUUCCUAAACAGAGAUGGAAGUUCAGCUCAAAGGCAGCCCAGAGUUUAUGGACACUCAGCCAGCGAUUGCAACCAGUGUAUCGGGUUUCUUACAGACAGUAUACAAGACACUACAGAUUUAAAGCGAAAAAAGGAUGAAAUUAUCCACGAGCUGAUGCCAAAUGCACAGAACUUCCAACAGAAGUCCAUAAAAGGUUUAGCAGGUUAUUUGAAGGCAGGCACGGAUAUUCAAAUCCGACUCUUGUGUGACGAACCGUUUCGUGGAAACUUUGACAACACCUGUGUCCACCAACUGAUCCGGCUAAUAAAGACAAAGGGAAAACGCCUUGGCCAUCUGGUGGAGUACUUCUCCCAGGAACACAGUCUCCGUGUAGAUAUUCUCCGUUUGGUUCAGGAAAUCCAUAGCAACUGUCCGUUCUGUCAGGCUAUCCUGCAGCAGUGGUGCUGACUUUAAUAUUGAUGGAGGGCAUGAAGUCGCAUCCGGUCACUGUACUCAUGCGAGUGAUUAUGGUUUUAAGCCGCUUUUUGCAAUAUCCCAUCAAUAUCACAGCAGUGAAAAUCACAAAUUCUCCGUUUAGGAAAUCGAACUUGGGCUUUCGGCAUGACGAUCGAACGCUUCAACUACUAGGCUAUAACAUCGCCUCCAGCAAAACCUGGGGCACGGG